CUCCCCGGGCGAACCCUCCGUCCAAUGAGUGAAGAUUUCUCAGCUGACGCUGUUUAGCACCUAUUGUACACAAGACUGGAGCUGAGACAGACGCGAAUCACUGUGAAUCCAGAACUCAUGUGAAUUCAUCUCUCAUUUACAAACUGACCUCUUCAUAAAGAUGCAGUUCAUGCUGUUGUUCAGCAGACAGGGGAAGCUCCGUCUGCAGAAAUGGUACGUUCCUCUGUCCGAUAAGGAGAAGAAGAAGAUCACGCGGGAGCUGGUGCAGACCGUUCUGGCCCGCAAACCCAAGAUGUGCAGCUUCCUGGAGUGGAGGGACCUGAAAAUCGUGUAUAAAAGAUACGCAAGUCUGUAUUUCUGCUGUGCCAUUGAGGACCAGGAUAAUGAACUGAUCACACUGGAGAUCAUCCACCGCUACGUCGAGCUGCUCGACAAAUACUUCGGCAGCGUCUGUGAGCUGGAUAUCAUCUUUAACUUCGAGAAGGCGUAUUUCAUCCUGGACGAGUUCCUGCUGGGAGGCGAGGCUCAGGAGACGUCGAAGAAAAACGUCCUGAAAGCCAUCGAGCAGGCAGAUCUGCUGCAGGAGAGCCAGACUGAAGACUGGGGAGGUUUGGCCAAUGAGGAGAUCUUAUAAGGGAGUGGAGUCCCACCCACCCUGUCAGCCUAUUGGUGUUUUGAGUCCGAACAUGUCGGCCGAGUCCUCUGGACUCUUCCAGAAUUAAACCGGUUCAGAUCGACGCGCUUCAGGUCUGGGUUUCCUUCCAUGUGUAGAAUGGUUUUCCUGUUGUUAGUGCAGAAACACCACUAGAUGGUCCGUUUAAUGUAGCUGUUAUGAGUGUUUGUGUGACGGGUUUGUGAUUCUGCCCUGUCUCGUGUUUUUGUGUGUCAUUGUGGUCCUCCUGCUCUGAGUUUAUGGUUAUAUUGUUGUUCCCCAUCCUGUGUGUUAAUGUAGAGAGAUAUGGUUUUGCUUCAGGACCGACACAGUACUAAAAUCACCAUUAAAAACUCACUUAUAAACAUCUGAACUUUGUUUAUUUGGUCAGAAAUAUAUUAAAAAAAAAGUGAAAUAUUUUUAUGGUUUAAAAUAACUAUAUUCUCUUGUAAUAUAUUGUAAAAUGUAAUUUAUUUCUGUGAUUUCAAUCUGAAUUUUCAGCAUCAUUACUCCAGUCUUCAGUGUCACAUGAUCUUCAGAAAUCAUAAUAAUAUGCUGAUUUGCAGCUCAAUAGACAUUUCUGAUUAUUAGCAAUGCUGAAAACAGUUGUGCUGCACAAUAUUUUGUGGAACUGAUAUACAUUUUAUUUUUCAGGAUUCUUUGCUAAAUAAAAAGUUCAAAAGAGCAGCAUUUAUUUUAUAUAGAAAUCUUUUGUAAUAUUAUAAAUGUCUUUACUGUCACUUUUGAUUUAUAAUAAAAAUAAAAUCAUACUGACCCCAAACAUUUCAACGUUAGUGAUCAUAUUUAGUAAAAAUAUUUAUAUAUUUGUCAUAAAUAUUAAUUGUAUAAUUUUUAAUAUGAAAUAAUUUUCUCUCUAUAUGUAGUUGUGCUCAUUAAUAUUUGAGGUAUUGCAUUGAAAAUCAAUUUAAUGCAUAUUUGAUGCAUAACAUUAUUUUCUUUCAAAUUGAAGUUUUGAAUUGUAGUUUUUAUUGCAAUCAGAAUUUGAGAUUAAUUACAGUACUUUCACUACAACAUACCUCUUGUAAUUUAUUUUAAUCUUAUGACAGGCUAAUUAAAGCGGUGGUUGAUCGCGAUUUUACUUUUAAUUUAAUUAAUUCAACUUUAGUGUGUAAUGUUGCUGUUUGAGCAUAAACAAUAUCUGUAAUGUUACGACACUGACUGUUCAAUGGAAACGGAGAUGUUGUCUUUUAAAGAAAAGUCUGUUUAUGGCUGGUAGGGACUACAAUGAGCUUGUUCCCGGGUUGGUGACAUCACAAACCCUGCAAUUUACAUAAACCCCGCCCCCGGGAACAUGCAACAAAGGGGGCGGGGCCAUGUUGCGUGGCUUUCAACAGGAAGUCAAUCAGCCGUUCAAAUUACAGUGGCGACAUUAGUGUAGACUAAAGGUAAAAUACAUAUGAAAAAAAAACAAGCAUGAAGACAUGUGACACUGCACCCCAUAAACACAAUCAAACCUAGAAAAAAAGCAGUCAACCACCCCUUUAAAAUACAACAAUCCCAUUAUAGAAAGUCUGACCAACUUGUGUAUUAAGUGCAUUUACAUGUGCAAUAAAAUGCUAUUAAUAUCACAUCCAUCAGUAUUGAUGUAAAAUGAAAAAUAAACAUGCUCAUAUUUAAUAAAAUGACUGAUGCACCAUGAAAACGUGGUAAUGCUUAAAAACCUAAGUGUCAGUUAGUCCUAACCCGUUUUUAUCAGUAAUCGCUGUGAGGUUGUGCAUGUAAACGCACGUCACGGCUGCUGUGUGUUGAGUUUAUGUGGCCUGUCGAUGGUUUGUUGAAGCACUUGUGUUGUUUUGCUCGUCGUCUGUUGUCCUGCACGCGUCUGUCCUUUUGCAUCUCACAGUUGUGUGUUUGCCUGCACCAUUAUCAGUGUGUGUUUGUGUGUUUCUC